UCUCUCUCAAGUGUCAUUUUCUCACAUAUACUUCACACAAAAGAAACAGCCAUUCACUUCAUCCCCUUGUCAUUUCUUCUUUCUCUCCGUGUGUCCUUGCCCCAUCUCCUGUCCAUUAUCUCAAACAUCUCUGCAAACAUCUCUUCCCCUUCCCAAUUCAUUCAUCUCACACCCACAAAAUCUAAACCCACUCUGAUUAACUCAGACACACACACGUAUAUAGUUCAAAUACCGCACUGUGUUAUAAACAUCUUGCAGAAAAAUUGCCUGUUUUUGGAGAAGAAGAUAUAGCUAGCUAGGUGGGAAAAUCACAGAAGGGGAAAUUGGUAGAUGGAGUUCUUUCCGGCACAACCUGAUUUGUCGUUGCAGAUUAGUCCUCCAAACUCGAAGCCCACAUCAGGAUGGAGGAAUAGUGGGACACAUCAGGAUCAGCUUGAUUUGGGGUUCUGGAAGAGAGCUUUGGAAACCAGAAGCCCAUUGCUUUCAUCAGUGCCUAAAACUGACACUAGUAACUUUUUUGACCUUUCACUCUCCAAUAAUUCCAACCCAGUUCCUACAUUAACGCCUUCAAUUUCUUCCUCGGAUCACCUCGCUCACCAACGCUUCCAAAAAGCUCCGUUUCAACACCAACACCCACCCUUGACACAAGACCUGGGAUUUCUCAGACCUAUCAGAGGAAUCCCGGUGUACCAGAACCUUCCUCAUCAUCCUCAUCCCGGAACUCUUCCUUUCUCUCAAGUUCAGAAUCUGGAUGCUUCUAUUUCAGCUGCAGUUAACAACACGACCACCUGUACAAGCUCCACCACCCCUUUUCCUUUUCAUCAUCAUCAUGGUCAAGGUUUGAUGAGGUCGAGGUUCUUGUCUCAUCGCUUCCCUACCAAGCGCAGCAUGAGAGCUCCCAGGAUGCGGUGGACUACCACCCUCCAUGCUCGCUUUGUUCAUGCCGUUGAGCUUUUGGGUGGCCACGAAAGGGCUACACCCAAAUCCGUUCUCGAGCUAAUGGAUGUCAAGGAUCUUACUUUAGCCCACGUUAAAUCUCAUUUACAGAUGUAUCGGACAGUGAAAACCACAGAUAGAGCGGCAGCUUCUUCUACAGGCCAAUCGGACGGAUAUGAUAACGGAUCAUCUGGGGAUACUUCGGAGGAAUUAACGUUUGACAUGAACAAUCUGAGAAGAUCCGAUCUAUCUCCCAAGCAGGGAAGACAAAGUGUUCAACAAGAAAAGGAAUAUCACCGCCUCUGGAGCAACUCUUCCAGAGAAGCUUGGUUGCAUGGGAAGCCAAAGGAGAUUGAUUCUGUUGGGAACAACAAUGUUAGUUGUCUUGAGAAAGAGAGAAUAUCAGAUGGGAGCUCAUCGUCAAGCAUUUCAGGAUCAAGUCCUAAGAAGCCUAAUCUUGAUCUGGAGUUCACUUUGGGACAGCCAAUAUGAGAUCUCUCUCUCUCUCUCUCUUCUUUGUUAUUCUGAUAUAGUAGUAUUAUUAAUCAUUUCGAAAAAGGAAUAAUUAUAUUUUUCUCUGAUGAAAGAGAUAUCUAGCAAGCUAUA